AUGCCUCCAAAAAAGGGAAACGGCAAAAAAAAGCAAGACUCCGAUGAAAUGGAAUCAGAAGAGUCUUAUGAACCGAAAGCUUCUAAAAAAAUUCAAAAAUAAGCAUAAAAGAAAUCAAAUUUAUCAGCAAAAAAAUAACAAGAUGAUGAAUCAGAAGACGCUUCAGAUUCUUAAGAAGAGUAAGUCCAAAAAAAGGGUAAACAAAAAAAACCUUAACCUCAAACUUAAAGCAAAUCAACUAAUAAUGCAAAAAAAAAAUAAGCAAAAGAUGAUGAUGAAGAUGAGAAUUCUGAAAGUGUUGAAAACGACAAGGACAACUUUAAGCUAUAUUAAAAAAAAGAAACUCCUCCUGAAGAUGAUCCAUGCAGAAUAUACUAUGAAUCAUUAUAUCGAGAAAAACCAGAAUCUAUAUUGGCCCUCAAGUAUUGUUUAGAUUAUGGCCUAAUAGAAGAAGAAAACAUUCAAAAGGCUCAUAAAUUUUAUGAAAAAUAUAAAUCUAAAUAAAAAUGA